AUGCAUAGAUCAGUUGGUGUGAUCAACUCAGAGAAUGUUGCCGCAAUUACGCUGAGUGAUGCGAAACAACAUGAUGUGGCAGUGCAGUUGGCCAGUAAAUUAUUGGGUGAAUCACGUAGCAGACUGCUGAAAUUUGCACUCUCUCUUCGGGUUCACUCACCGAGUGUUCAGCUCUUCCAACAGUUGGGAGGUGAGAAUAAAGUGAAUUGUGAUGCAUAUGCGGUCGUGCAUGGUGAGAUCGUUUGUGAUGCCGAAAACUUGGAGCAUUUCAUAAUGAAUGCUGAUGAGAGGUAUUUUGCAUAUGAAUCUUGA